CUUGUAGCAGAGGCAUUAAUCUCGUUUAGGGAUGUUUUGAAUGUUACUUGACAAUUUUUUUUUCUUUGCAGAAAUAGUAGAAUUUCAGAAAAUAGUGGGUAGCUUAAUUGAACUUGUUGAUCAACUGGCAAAAGCUGCUGAAAGUGAGAAGAUGAAGGCCAUCGGUGCGCGAAAUUUGCUGAAGUCUAUAGCAAAGCAAAGAGAAGCUCAGGAACAGCAACUUCAGGCUCUAAUAGCUGAGAAAAAGGUGCAGUUGGAAAGGUACCGAAUAGAGUACGAGACUCUGUGUAAAAUUGAAGCAGACCAGAACGAAUUCAUUGACCAAUUCAUUUUUCAGAAAUAGAGGAUUUUAAGAUAAACUGACUUGGAAACUUGAUCAUUCCGGAAUCUUGAGAAUUUCAAAAAUAUGCAAUUUUUCACUGUGUACGAAUGAAGAGAUGGUUUGUACAAAUGGAAGUGUCUUAUAAUUCAGUGUGAAUUACACUAAAAUGGCAAUAAGGAGGGCGUUUAACAGAUGGAAAGACUGUUCUGUCCAUUGAUUUUAUAAAAGUUUUGUACUGUCAGUAGUUCUAAUUCAAAUUAUAGUUGAAUUAAUACUACUGUUGCUAUGUUACGUCCCUCACUUUUUGACUGUACAGCUCUUCCAAAGAAAUCAGGAAAUAAAUUAUUGAUUUCAGACUUUCUGGCUAUACCAGAA